AUGGGUUCCACGUACCAACCUCUGGAUUGGUCGAGCUAUGCUAAUGUCAUAGAUGGACGUCUGUCCUCAACUGUUCAAGUCCGCCACAGCAUCAAUCCUGCGACUGGCGACGACAAUCCCGACGUCCCUGUCUCCACUCAAGAGAACGUUGAGGAGGCCAUGCAGGCAGCAAAGAGAGCCCAGGUUGGCUGGGCUACCACGCCGUAUGAGGACCGUCGAAAAGCAGUACUCGCCUUUGCGGAUGCGGUUGAAGCUGAGUUUCAGGCGUUUUCUGAUAUGCUCGUCAAGGAGCAGGGGAAGCCGAGCCAAUUCGCCGAUUCCGAGAUAAAAUUUGCCAUAAAAUGGAUCCGUAUCAUUGCCAACCUCGACUUACCUACCUCUAAAAUCGAAGAAGAAAACCGAACUCUCGUCACUCGGUACACACCCCUAGGUGUGGCGGUAGCAAUCGUACCUUGGAACUACCCUAUCUUCCUGGCGACAGGUAAAAUCGCACCAUGCUUGGUCACCGGCAACACCAUGAUUGUCAAGCCCUCACCUUUUACGCCUUGCGGUGGUCUGAAGCUCGUUGAGCUGGGCCAGAGGUUUUUUCCUCCUGGUGUACUUCAAGCGUUGUCCGGAGACGAUAACCUUGGGCCUUGGCUUACUAGUCAUCCUAUUCCUGCAAAGAUUGCGUUUACUGGUUCCACGGCGACUGGUAAGAAGAUCAUGGAAUCUGCUAGUAGGACUCUCAAGCGGGUUACCCUCGAGCUGGGUGGGAAUGAUCCUGCUAUUGUUUGUGAAGAUGUUGAUAUUCCUGAUGUCGCAGCCAAGAUUGCUCAAGUUACUUUCUUGAAUACUGGACAGAUAUGUCUUGGCUUGAAACGUAUUUACGUCCACGAAAAGAUUUUCGAAGAGUUCAAAGCGGCCAUUGUCAAAGUCACUCUACAACUAAAAGUUGGUGAUGGUACUGAGCCCGGAGUCUUCCUCGGCCCUAUCCAGAAUGCAAUGCAAUAUGAACGUGUCAAGGGCUUCUUUGAGCACGUCAAAGACGAAAACUUUGACAUCGCUGUCGGAGGAGAUAUCCCAACAGGCAAGGGAUACUUUGUCAACCCGACUAUCAUUGACAGGCCGCCCGAGACUUCGCGUCUCGUUGUUGAGGAGCCUUUCGGACCAAUUGUCCCGCUUCUCAGUUACAGCACCUACGACGAAGCCAUCGCCAAAGCCAAUGACACGCACUACGGUCUAGGUGCUUCAAUAUGGUCGGGAAACAUUGAGCGCGCCAACGAGCUAGCCCAGAAAAUCCAGGCUGGAACGGUUUGGGUCAACACGCACUUUGAGCUUGAUGCGCGGGUGCCGUUUGGGGGUCACAAGGAGAGUGGAAUUGGGACUGAGUGGGGGGUUAGCGGGCUUGUUUCAUAUUGUAAUUCACAGACGUUGUUCUUGAAAAAGUAG